CUACUACUAGCUAACAUGGUCGGCCCAUGGAUGGUGCUUUUCUAUUUCCGUCGGCCCAGUAACCGUGUGCCGAUCGACUCGGUCGCUGACUUCGCGUUUUACAGAGAAGUUGAAAGAAGUCCACAGUGAAAAAUCUUUGCCGUUUUGUCUUUCUCCGAAUUCCAAAUCUCAGCUACCCGAACUCCCAAAGAAACUUCACGCUCUGCUUCUUCUGCUAUCCCUGCGCAGAGAAAAGAAGAGCGAAAUCUCCUUCGGAAGCUGCAUAUCAGAAAAUUUAGGGGAAAAAAUCAGCAGGAAUAUUUGAGUUUUCGAUAAGUGAGUGAUGGCUAGUACAAGUGCAUCAGCGUUGAUGUUGUCUUCUGGAACCUCAGAACACGGUGGGGCACAUAUGGAAAAUUCAAACAUGAACUUUUCACCUCAACCACCUUCACUACAGAGCCGAAACUCCUUACAGGGUCCUGUGGCUAUUCUUUGGGACAUCGAGAACUGUCCUGUCCCUAGUGAUGUACGCCCAGAAGACGUGGCUGGCAACAUCAGGAUGGCCUUACGGGUCCAUCCCAUCAUUAAGGGAGCUGUUACCUUGUUCUCUGCCUAUGGGGAUUUUAAUGCCUUCCCUAGGCGACUGAGGGAGGGAUGCCAAAGAACUGGUGUCAAACUCGUAGAUGUACCAAAUGGGAGAAAAGAUGCUGCUGACAAGGCCAUAUUGGUUGAUAUGUUUCUUUUUGCCCUUGACAACCCUCCACCGUCUUCCAUCAUGCUUAUCUCUGGGGAUGUUGACUUUGCUCCGGCUCUGCACAUACUUGGUCAACGCGGGUAUACGGUGAUUCUGGUCAUUCCUUCUGGGGUGGGUGUUUCAUCUGCCCUUAGUAAUGCAGGUAGGUUUGUGUGGGACUGGCCUAGCGUGGCCCGUGGGGAAGGCUUUGUACCGCCCUCCAGGAAUCUAAUUCCGCCGCGCAUAGGUCCUGCCGAGAUUGCAGGGUAUCUGAUGGGGUGCCACAUCAAUGACAACCCAAAUGGUAUGAACGAAGAUGAAGCAAUUGUAUACAGAGGGAUGUCACAAAGCUAUUACAACUCGAGGGAUUUCUCAAUGAUAUCGGAGUCUUUAACCGAAUACAACACUACUUCACUUGCCAUGCCUUGUUUCCCCUCAAGUUUAAGAUCACAUAGUCUUCCGUCUGGCUUAAAUGAAGCUUCAACCGGUUGUGUUGGUUCAUGUAGCGAAAAUGAUUUGAUGUUUGUACAGCCUGGUGAUCUAAACGGUUUGAAGCAACAACUAGUAAAGCUGCUUGAGUUGUCUGGAGGUUGUUUGCCUCUUACUCGUGUUCCGGCGGAGUAUCAGAAAAUCUUUGGGAGGCCACUUUAUGUGUCACAGUAUGGGGCAUGCAAGCUUGUGAAUCUUCUCAAGAAAAUGGGGGAUACAAUGGCAAUAGAUGGAAAAGGCCAAAAGAAGUUUGUGUACCUACGGAACUCAAGACCUGGCCCAAGUGCUCCUCCAAUUGCUCUAGCAAAGAAGGAUAAGAAGAUGAAGGGGCAUCAAGAAGAGAACAAUGAAGCCAUUACCGGUGGUGGAUCUUCAGAUGAGUUCUCAGAUGAAGAUAGGGUUGUUGUAGAAGAACAGGAUGAGCGGAUCACAGCUAGAUGUGAAACAGCUAGAUGUGAUAUGGAUGACACAAGUCUAGAAAAAUUCAAGUACGAGCUGCAAGAGAUUCUUGUGAGUUAUUCUUGUAGAAUCUUCCUGGUUCAUUUUGAGGCGAUAUAUCAACAAAGGUAUAAGCGACAAGUGGAUUACCAGAGGUUUGGCGUGAACAAGCUGGAGGAACUGCUGGACAAGGUGAGUGAUGUCGCGGUAUUGCAUGAGGAGCCAGGAAGCAAGAGUAAGAUUCUGGUUGCUGUUGGUUACUAGGAGAGACAAGGUAUCAUCUAUCUUUUGUUGUGUUUACGGCCCUAACUUAAUUAGCAUCCCUAUACAUGAGGUUUGCUUGGCGCUACCUUGUUCCUCUUACUAAUUUUUUCAGCACUUGUUUCAUAAAAUGUGAUUGCAUGAAUCUAUGAGCACGUAUGUUUUUUGUGCUGACAUAGAUUUGAAGGCUAACUUAAACUUUUGUGUAAAAGAGUUGUACUGAGUCUACUGAAACAGAUCAACUGCCUGAACAGAUCAGCCUGUAAAUUUAUCUGUCCUGUAACUUAUUGCAUUUGCAUACGUAAAUAUACAGAUCUUUAUUUCUUUUC